GAAGGGUGACAGAGUCAGCUGGGCUCAGCUUCAAGGGGACCAGGGGUACCAUGGCCAGUGCAGACUCGUCACUGCUCACAACCCUAGUCCCCAGCCCAGAUCCGGGCAAAAGUGAGGCAGAGCCGCAGUGCGGGUUUAAUGAGGAGUUCAAGUUCAUCUUGCUGCCUGUGAGCUAUGCGCUUGUCUUCGUGUUGGGCCUAGGCCUCAAUGCCCCGACCCUCUGGCUCUUCCUCUUUCACCUCCGACCCUGGGAUGCAACGUCCACCUACAUGUUCCACUUGGCCUUGUCAGACACUCUGUACGUGCUGUCACUGCCCACCCUUGUCUACUAUUAUGCGGCCCGCAACCAUUGGCCCUUUGGGACGGGGCUCUGCAAGUUCACCCGCUUCCUGUUCUAUUGGAACCUGUACUGCAGCGUCCUUUUCCUCACCUGCAUCAGUGUGCAUCGCUACCUGGGCAUCUGCCACCCUCUGCGGGCACUGCGCUGGGGACGGCCGCACCUCGCGGGCCUCCUCUGCCUGGCAGUUUGGUUGGUCGUAGCCAGCUGCCUUGUGCCCAACCUGUUCUUUGUCACAACCAGCCCGAGCGGGGAUUCCAUCCUGUGCCACGACACCACUCGGCCUGAGGAGUUUGACCACUUCGUGCACUUCAACUCAGCAAUCAUGGGGCUGCUGUUCGGUGUGCCCUGCCUGGUCACGCUCGUGUGCUACGGGCUCAUGGCCCGGCGCCUGUACCGGCCUCUGCCAGGGGCUGCCCCGCCGUCCUCUCGGCUGCGUUCUCUCCGCACCAUCGUGCUGGUGCUCACUGUCUUCACUGUGUGCUUUGUGCCUUUCCACAUCACCCGCACCAUUUAUUACACGGCGAGGCUGCUGAGAGUCAACUGCCGGGUGCUGGACGUCAUCAACGUGGUGUACAAGAUGACCCGGCCGUUGGCCAGUGCCAACAGCUGCCUGGAUCCCGUGCUCUACCUGCUCACCGGAGACAAGUAUCGAAGGCAGCUGUGGCAGCUUUGCUGCGGCGGUGCGCCCCAGCGCCCCAUGGCGGCCUCCUCCCUGGCGCUGGUGUCCCUGCGUGACAAUAGCAGCUGUAGGUGGACAGCCACACCCCAGGACAGUGGCUGCUCUACCCCUAGUGCAGAUAGACCGUAACACUGGAAGCCUGGAAUGGGCAGGGCAGAGGUGAGGGAACCCAACAGUGUCACCUGACUUGGCUGCUUCCUCCCCUUCUCCAUACUCUGCUGACAGCCCCUCCUCCUGAGGUUAGGGGACACCAGGAAAUCAUGUAUGGCCCCAUCUCUUGCAAACCCUUCAGUUGCCCUCUUCUUUUAAGCCAAAGGCAGCAGCACCAGCCACUCUCUUCCUUUACUUCUUUCUCUUUCUUUCUGUCCUGUUCCUGGGGUCCUGUUUCUUGACCCUACAAGGCUUCCUGGACCUCUUCCCCUGUCCUCCUUCCACCUACCUUUCCCCCCAUGUCCUUGUAUAGCAUGCAUUCCUCCAGCCAGACCACAUUCAACCUGAGGGGUGGAGAAGCUGGACUAUUCUCGGGACGGGUCUGACUUAUCUGAUAGCCAGAAUCAGGAAGUAGUGCCACCAGCAUAGCACAGAUGUCAACGAUGUGACAUGUAGCACCCACACCCACUUACUGCUUUUCCCUUGCAGUCUGGAUAGUCUGGCCUACCGAGGUGCUGAAAUAGGGCACAGUCCCACAGGGCCUGUGUGCCAGGGUCCCCACAUGCACUUGGAGGCACAGCACUGUUGAACUUGAGUGUAGCCAUUAGGUAGAGAGGGAGCCCUGAGUCUUACCAUGGGCUGGGGACCCUGAAGAGCCUCACGGGGCAGGGCCCCAGCUGCUAAGGGCCUUUGGAACAGGAAUGGGACUGCACCUCCUUGAUGAUGUUUGCUGAGAGCGUAUUUGACAGUUGUCUGUACUUAAUGAAAGGAAACGGGGAUGGCUCAGAGUGAGAGGGAGGAGCGCUCUUGUCUUUGGCUGUGAGUUCCAGCACCAAGGGGCAGAGCAGGUUUGUGCAGAGCUUGGGGUGGUGACAGGGCUCGAUGCCAGAGCUGGUUCUUCACAGGUCUCUUCCCUUUCUCUAGCUCCUGCCCUAGAUAAACAAUGAAUCUCUCACCAGAUCUUUCAGAGCAGGCUUUAGGGUUUUGAGGCCAGGGCAGGGCACUGGGACUACGACAGCUCCCCUCAGUCUAUGCAGUCACCCCCCUGCCCCAGCACCAUCUGAGGGCGUGCAGGCAUAUGGCAGUGGGGAAUAUAGAAUAUGGGGAGCUUCUGGACAGGCGUUUUGUAGAAGCUCAUAGCUGCUCUUCUAAGCCUCCGGUCUUUUGCCCCACCGUGCUGACCUGCCUCUGAUCUUACUUGUCUAUUAGCUUCCAAGGGGCAUCUCUGAAGAGUAAGGGUGGGGCUGGUCUGCAGACAAAAACGAUUUCAAUGCUCCUGUGCUCCUUUGCAUUCUUUGAAGUGCUCCCUCUUCUAGCUACUCUUCUCCUCAUCGUAUUCAUUUCACUGUCAUUACUGGUAAGAGUACCAUAAACCCCAUUCCCUCACCACGUUUCCUUCCUACACUUUUCUGUACCUAGAAGAACACAAAUUACCUCAUAAGCAAGAUCUUUAAUGCUCUUGUCUCCACCUUCGCCCCCUUCGACUUUUCUAGGAUAUCCCUGUUGCAUAUCUUCUUUAAAGAUUUUCAUAAAGGCAACCCAAAAACAUUCCACUAUGACAAC